GGCUGGUAUCGUAACAUUUCCUCUGCCCCAAACCCUUGCAAAACCUUGGAAGAAAAAAUCCAACAACCACUGUGAUCUUGGUUGCCAUGAGAAGGAUUAACGGAGUUCAUCUACUCCGCCGAAUUGUGAGUGGUGAUGCCACCACCGCCACCGCUUACCAGCGGCUCCUCCGUCAAUCGACGGUGCUAAGAACGUGUGCUGGAUCGAAUAUUCGGUGUUUCUCUAAAGUAGCGAAUCCAUUUGGUUCAUAUCAUCCUUCGCCUGUUCGUAAAGUUGCUGGAAAUGGUCGGUGCGUCUCUAUGGCCUCUUCGUCGCUGGCUCAAGAUUUGGCUAAUGACCUACCGCCUCCGUCGCUCGUGCCCAAGGAUGUGGUUCUCUAUCAGUACGAGGCUUGCCCGUUCUGCAACAAAGUUAAAGCAUUCUUGGACUAUUACAACGUCCCUUAUAAAGUAGUGGAAGUGAAUCCAAUCUUCAAAACGGAGAUUAAGUGGUCUGAGUACAAGAAGGUGCCAGUUCUGAUGGUUGAUGGUGUACAGAUGGUGGAUUCUACAGAUAUAAUUCAUAAGUUAUACCAAAGAAUUCAUCCUGAGAACUCUUCGUCGAACUCGGAAGAAGAAAGAAAGUGGCUUGGGUGGGUGGAUAAUCACUUGGUGCACGUUUUAUCGCCAAACAUAUACAGAAAUUACAAAGAGGCUCUUGAGUCUUUCAACUACAUAACCACACAUGGGAAUUUUAGUUUCGCUCAAAGGAUAAUAGCAAAGUAUGGCGGGGCUACAGCCAUGUAUUUUGUUUCCAAGAAAUUGAAAGAGAGACAUAACAUCACUGAUGAACGCAAAGCCUUAUAUGGAGCUGCAGAAACAUGGGUGAAUGCACUGAAAGGCCGUGAGUUUCUUGGUGGAGCAAAUCCCAACUUAGCCGAUCUUGCUGUCUUUGGUGUCUUGAGACCAAUCCGACACCUUCAAUCUGGAAAAGAUAUGGUAGAGCAUACAAGAGUUGGUGAAUGGUAUUCUAGAAUGGAGAAGGCAGUGGGAGAGUCUGCAAGGAUUGACUCUGGAAGUUAGUUCAAUUUACAGUUUUUGUUUCUCGAUAUUAACUCCAUGUCUUGCCAGGUUGUAGAAAAAUAUCUGAACAUUUAGAACCUUAGAUCAUAAAAGCUCGUCUGUGAGAAUAAUCUGCUAGAUCCAUGUUACAAAUUGGGAUUUCUCUUGUCCUUUCAGACCAUUGGAGAGUCUGAAUGUUGUACUUAAAGGUGGUGUUGCCGCAUUAUAGUUUACUGUAUUGAUUUUGGUGCAUGCCCCAGUUGGUCCUAUACAUGUGACCCGCUAUCAGGAAAAGAAAAUCUUACAGGAUCAA